UUUCCUUCCGUUGCUUCCCUUCUUAUGCUGCUGCUCGCCGUCCUCGCGCUGCUGCUCGUGCUGUACCUUAUCUUCCGCGACUUCCUCGCGCUGCUGAUAAGGCAGGCGCGCUCGCCGCUGCGCACGCUGUCCGGCCCGCCGCCGACGUCGCUCCUCACGGGGAACCUCGCGGCGCUGCACGACCAGGAGAACACGGACGUCGUGCUGCGCUGGGAGGCGGCGCACGGCGCGGCGUUCGUGUACCGCGGCUUCGUCGGCGGGCGCCGCCUGCUCACGACCGACCCGCGCGCGCUCGCGCACAUUCUGGGGAGGGCGUACGACUACCCGAAGCCGGGGUUCGUAAGGGAGAGCCUCGCGGCGAUGGCGGGCGGGGACGCGGGGCUGCUGGUCGUCGAGGGCGAGGUGCAUCGCAGGCAGCGGAGCAUACUCGCCCCGGCGUUCACGGCGGCGCACGUGCGCUCGCUGGCGCCCGUGUUCUGGGCGAAGGCGGGCGUCCUGCGGGACGUCUGGCUCGCCGCGGCCGACGCGGCCCCUUCCCCUUCCCCGCCCUCGCCCUCGCCCGGCCCCGGCGCGUGGACGCCCCCGGCGGGCAGCACGCGCAUCGACGUGCUGUCGUGGCUCGCGCGCGCGACGCUCGACGCGGUCGGCGAGGCGGGCUUCGGGUACGCGUUCCACGCGCUGUCGACUAACGAGGAGGACGAGCAGGACGAGCUCGCGCGCGCGUUCGCGGACAUAUUCGCGACGGCGCGGCGCUUCCGCGUGAUGACGAUCCUGCAGGCGUGGUUCCCGAUACUCCGCCGAUUCCGGCGGAACAACGCGGUGAUGGCGCGGGCGACGGCGACGAUGCAGCGCAUCGGGGCGCGCCUGGUGGAGGAGCGCAGCCGCGCGGUGCUGGCGGCGCAGACGCACGCGCAGACGGACACGUCGCUGGUCGCCGGGGACAAGACCGUGCUCGGGCGCGACCUGCUCAGCGUGCUCAUCCGCUCGAACAUGUCCGCGCCGACGCCGGCCGCCGCGCUCUCCUCCGCCGAGGUGCUCAGCCAGAUCGCGACCUUCAUCGCGACGGGGCACGAGACCGUCGCGUCCGCGCUCACCUGGGCGCUCUACGCCCUCGUCCGCGCGCCCGCCGUCCAGGCCCGCCUCCGCGCCGGCCUGCACGCGCUCGAGACAUCCGUGCGCGCCGCCCGCCCCGGCGCCCCCGACGCGGCGCUACGGGACGCGCUGACGGACGCGGUGCUGAGGGACACGUACCUCGAGCACGUGCUGCGCGAGGUGCUCCGGCUGCACGCGCCGAUCGCGAACACGAUGCGCGUCGCGGCGCGGGACGACGUCAUCCCGCUCUCCGCUUCCCCUUCUGAUGCUGAUGCCGGGGGGCUCGGGCUGCCGCCGGCGCGCGACCGCGCGGGGAACGUGCUCUCGUGCAUCCGCGUGCGGAGGGGCGACAUCAUCACGGUGCCGAUCCAGGCGGUGAACAAGAGCCGCGCGAUCUGGGGGCCGGACGCGGGCGAGUUCGACCCGGAGCGGUGGGCGGACGGGCCGGGCACCGCAGGGGGGAAGGAGGCGGAUGGGCGGCGGCGGGUGCCGGGGCUGUGGGCGCACACGCUGACGUUCCUGAACGGGAACGGCGGCGCGGAGGGGAACCGCGCGUGCAUCGGGUGGCGCUAUGCGCUCGCUGAGAUGAAGAUCAUGCUCUUCGUGCUCGUGCGCGACCUCGAGUUCGCGCUCGACCCCGCGACCGUCAUCGAGAAGCGCGUCAACGUCGUCACGCGCCCGUUCGUGCGCUCGGAGCCCGCGCUGGGGAACCAGAUGCCGCUGCACGUCCGGCGGCACGUGCACGCGCUGCCCGCCCUCGGCGCCGGCGCGGAGUGA